UCAAGACGUCGUCAGCCGAGAACCAAUAGCUAUCGACGCAAACCCGGAAAUUCCUAGACUAACAAAAAGACCGCCUGGAUUCAAUUUGAAAAGGCUACACACUCUGUCAGAAUAAAGGAUAAACCCCUCUCUAGCUCUGGAGACGGAACCCCAGGUGGACAGUUAUGAGUUUUUCUCCGAGCCCAUGCGUUCCUGCAGGCGUGCGCAGCAUUCAAGAGCAGAGGGAACGCUGGGACAGGAAGAGGAAGCGGACCGGACGAGAGCUGGUCCAGAGUGAGCAGAGAUACUGUGAAAAGCUGGACCUGAUCACCACGUACUUUGUGGAGAUUCUGAAGGCCAAAGGAACCCUGAGGCAGGACAUUAGAGAGAGCAUCUUCAGUUCAAUUAAAUCAAUUCAUUUAGUAAACCAGACGCUGCUUGGCCAUCUGGAGGACGGCAACUUCGGCGUCGGAUUUGAUCAGUUCUGCCCUCACAUGCAUUUCUACACUACGUACGUCAACAACUUCCAUACAGCAAAGAAGAUCCUCGCAGUGCAGUUAAAGAAAAACAAAGCGUUUCGACGAUUUAAGAAGCUUCAGGAAGCCAGACCUGAAUUCCACAAGCUGAAACUUGAAGACCUGCUUCCUCUUCCACUAGAGCGCAUUCAACAGUACAAUAAUUUCUUGAGAGACUUGACAGAGAACACCAGUCCAGACAACCCAGAGUUCCAGCAGCUUUCAAAGGCAGUGAGCGCUGUCUCCGAGGUGGCCCAGUGCAUCCAGGACAACGCCCGCAGCCAUGAGAACCACCUGCAGCUGCAGAGGGUCCAGAAACUGCUCAAGGGCCGAAACACUAGGCUGCUGGCUCCAGGUCGCUGGUAUAUCCGUGAAGGUUGGCUGAAAACGGUGCCCCCUAAAGGCACGGAGACCAAACCUAAGAUGUUUUUCCUCUUCUCAGACAUCUUGGUUCAGGCCAAACGGUGUAAUCCAAUGCAUCCAACAAAUGGAGACAAGCUUUCCUGUCAGAGAGUCUUCCCGCUUAAGGAGUGCACUGUGGACAAGGUGUUUGGCCACACCAAGAGCCAGGGAGGCCUCAUCAGUUUGACCUUCUCCAAAGCCAAGCUGCUCCUUAUGUCCAGCCAUCAAGAGGACAUUAACGAUUGGUACCGCAGUCUUUGCCUGGCCAUCGGAAAGCUCAAGACCAAGAACACAGUAGUGCACAGGAGAGAGGAGCUUCUCCGACCGCCGCUCCGUGCAGCCACACACAGCCAGCAGAGCGCACCGGCCUCGUCCCAAACACACAGCAGGAAGAGAGCUAUGGCGAAUGAACAGGGGACUGCGAGCAGCACGAGUAACUACAGACCAGCAGCUGGAGAGAGCGCAUGCAGUACAUCCAAAAAGAUAAAACUCUCAGAGGAUCCUUCUGGAAGAUCCCAGGAAUCGUCCGGCUCCAGCUGCGUCAUCCUGUGAGACGAUGAGGAUGCUGAGAAAACUGCUGCUACUGCUGGGAGGCUGAUAUAUUCCACAUAUUAGAUUAGUCUCGUUUUUACUAAAAGGAUAAGUUCAUACUCAAACAUUUUAAGAGUGAUUUUCUCUGAAAUGUUUUAUUUCUGCUCCUAAAUGCCAAAGAACAAACAGACUGUUUUUUAUUUCUGAAUGUUUUAUUUGUCUUUUGUGUUGCGUUUUCUGUCAGGCGUGACACUGUCGACUGAACACGUUGAUCAUAUCGUAUCAUCUUUUUACUUUGUAUCAUUAAGGUUACUAAUAAUUAACACAUUUACAAUGAUUUCUAACACCACAGCAUGUUAUUGUGUUUUUUUAUUCGGGAGGAAAUACUGUACGAAGUGCAAUAUAAAGAGAGAGCAUGAAGGAAUUUCACUACUGAUUGUGUAUGGAAAAGUUUUACAGACUGCGAUUGGUGCUGAAAUUAUAUAAUAUGUAAUCAUCCACAUCUGCAAUCAACAGAACUGAUUUCCACUGUUUUUUUAUUAAUGUUAGAAUAUUCCCUUUCUACCUGGUGCAUUAAUGUUACUAAAAGCUGUUACACCGAACAACAGUUAAAUAAUUUCUAUAUAAAUCAGGCACGUCAUUGUGACUUUUAAUGUUAUUCACAAUUUCUAAUCAUUUAAUUAGAGGCUGUAGAGAAUUUUUGACUUUAGGCUCAUUUUAUGAGGCAGGUUUGAUCAGUUAGUCAGAACUUGUCUGACAUUGAACCAAUUAAAUAUAAUUAAAUUGAGAGAGAAAGUUCUGGACAAAUUUUUAUUAAUAAUCAUUUGUUUAUAUGGUGAUUGUUUAUUUUUCUUUAUUAAACCUGCAGACUUGUGCAUUUUGGGAGAACUUCUUGAGUUGUUGGUGCAUUACAAAUCCAAAAGCGCCCUCUUGUGGCCAAUGUAAUUAUCCAACUAUGUACACAAUGCAGAGCUAUUUAAUGUGAUACAAAGAUACAAAUCCUUGUUUAGACUUUCUUUCAGUCAUUAUAAACUUCCUGGCCAUUUAUCAGUAACCAAUAAAAUCCUAUUUGAGGAAAAAAA